CUUGCCACUUGCACCACCAUUAAAACUCUUCUUUAAUGCCCACAUAACAUUAAAGAGAUUGCUUAUGGAAGAGAGAAAAGAAUACAAAGUUUAUUUAUUUCUCAUUCUAUAUUUAUAUUUCUUAGCUGUUACUCAUUCUAACUGGCAGUGAAUUGUUUCUUUUUUAAAAGCCUAUUUUCAAUUUUAAUUGCAUUAACGGUCACCUCUCUCUCAUUCAUACCUCAUUAACAUAAUGCCUGGGAUCUCAAAUUGAUCCCCAUCUUUGAAUUUGGUGUACCCUUUUCACAAAUUUAAUCUUAUUUUUUGUAGUUGGGAAUUGGGAGAUGCUGACGUGUAUAGCUUGUUCUAAGCAGCUUAACAAUGGAUCUCUGCAUCAGAGGGAGAGGCCUGAAGAAGAAGAUGAUAUUAUUGAGACUCCCAGAACUAAGCAGGCCAUUAAGGCUAUUACUGCUCAGAUAAAGGACAUGGCGAUAAAGGCAUCAGGGGCAUAUAAAAAUUGCAAACCAUGUUCUGGAUCAUCAAACAGUAAUCAUAAUGGGAAUUAUGCUGAAUCUGAUGCUACCUCAGAGUCAGCAAGGUUUCACUGUUCAUAUCGUAGAGCAGGAAGUUCCAGUUCAACUCCAAGGUUAUGGGGGAAAGAGAUGGAAGCUCGCCUAAAAGGUCUAUCAAGCGGCGAAGGAACACCGGCGUCAGUAAGUGGGAGAACUGAAUCUGUGGUGUUUAUGGAGGAAGAUGAGUCCAAGGAAUGGGUUGCUCAAGUGGAACCUGGUGUGCUCAUCACGUUUGUUUCUCUACCUCAAGGUGGGAAUGAUCUUAAGCGGAUCCGAUUCAGCCGAGAAAUGUUCAACAAAUGGCAAGCUCAAAGGUGGUGGGCAGAUAAUUUCGACAAGGUCAUGGAACUGUAUAAUGUACAACGGUUCAAUCAACAGGCAGUCUCUCUUCCAACUCCACCAAGAUCUGAAGAUGAGAGCUCAAAACCCGAAUCUGCUAAGGAUAGCCCUAUGACUCCGCCUCUAGGCAAAGAACCUCCUCGCAACUUGUACCGUCCGACAGGAAUAGGUUAUUCUUCAUCAGAUUCACUCGACCACCAUCCUUCGCAAUCCCGUCAACAUUACGAUUCAGCAGGUCUUGCGUCAACUCCAAAACUCUCGAGCAUUAGUGGGGCAAAAACCGAGGCAUCAUCGGUAGGAAGUCCCGCUAGGACUAGUUCAUCAAGAGACGCAGAUCACUCAGGGGAGCUUUCGAUUAGCAAUGCUAGUGACAUGGAAACUGAAUGGGUCGAACAGGACGAGCCUGGAGUAUACAUCACCAUUAGAGCAUUACCAGGCGGAACUCGAGAGCUUAGACGCGUCAGAUUCAGCCGGGAAAAAUUCGGAGAAAUGCAUGCGAGGUUGUGGUGGGAAGAGAACCGAGCUAGGAUACAAGAACAAUAUUUGUGAUUGAAUAGCCCUUUAACUGAUACUAUAGUUUCAACUUUAUAAACAAUUCAUGUCUUGGCUACUGCACUCCACUGGGUAUACUUGGAGAAUGGCAUGAACUUGAUUCACCUCCAUUAAUUACGUGACACAGGAUAUUGCUUAAUGUAAUUAACCAAUCAUGAUAUUAUAAUUAGAUUUAAAUGCUAUUUGUUAAUUCGAUUA